AUGCCCUACUGUACUGGUGGGAGCUUGCACGCUUUUCUGCAACAAGUAGCGAGGGCCAAAGAUGGCCUGUCACUUGAGGAAAUAAACUGCUUGAUUGUCCAGAUAUUGCGUGCAAUCGGCUUCCUACACGACCACAGGAUUGCCUAUGGAGAUUUGAGGCCAGACCAUGUACUCCUCACUGCCCGAGGUGCGGUGAAGGUGGGUGGCUUUGGGGAAGAUGAAGAUGCAGUGCGGGAAUUGGUCGCAUUCUCACGUUUUGAAGAAGCUUAUCCUCAGUCUGGACUCAGACCAGGCAAAUCACGAGAAUCUAGCUCGAAGUUGCUCCUGUGUGUACGAAGAAGUGUGUCGGAGUUGAGUACUCCUUAUCUUCCUCCAGAGAGGUUUUCCAGUCGCCGUGACUCUGUCCGUCAAGGCUAUACCCACCAAGAUAUUUAUGAUGUUGGGGCGGGUGACAUAUGGGCAUGCGGCAUGAUCUACAUGAUCCUACAGUCUGGCCAACUUCCCUGGCGCACCACCCGGACAGUGGAUCCGGACAAAUCCUAUACUGAAUAUCUUCAUUGCCGUUUGAAGCAAGAUGGAUAUGGCCCUAUACAGGCUCUGGAAAAUAAUUGUCGGAAUGUUAUUUAUGCAAUGUUGCAUCCUGACCCGGGCCUGAGGAUUACAGCAGAAGAGAUUCUGAGCUCCGAAAUGGAUGCUGGGAAUUGCUGUUUGUGA